UACUGCUUGUCAUGGUCCUUUUGUGUCUGCCAUGAUUGGAAUGCUGAUGUUAUGCAAAUGCAAAACAACUUUUUGCUCUUAUUUAGGGAACUGGCCUUACCUGCUAUAUACCAAUUGUGAGUUUGGUAGUUUGACAGCCUUCAAGCAUGUUGCAACACCUGAGAGCUCGCAGCAGGAGUUUAUUCCCAGGCUACAAGCACGGCAGCCACACUGCGACCUUUAGAGAACUGGAUGACUUUUUGGAUCUCACAAAGAUUUUUGUGAAGCCAUGGAAUUCUAUGCAGGACUUAGGCACAGACAUGUAUGAUCUUUAUGCCGAGGAUGACGAAGAGGAAGAAGAUGCAUCCUUAACUCGCAUGCUACUGUCUCCUGCAAAGCACUUCACACUAAACAUCAAUGUUGGUGGAAGCGUGUACCGUCUGCCCUACAGGUUAGCUGCCAGGUAUCCAAAAACUCGGAUUGGCCGCCUGGCCGUGUAUACUGACCACUGUAAGAAGCUGGACCUGUGUGACGACUACAUGGUUCACAGUAAUGAGUUCUUCUUUGACCGGGACCCCCGCAUUUUCCACAAUAUCUUUAACUUUUAUAGGACUGGGGUGUUGUGCAUUAAAGAAGAACUUUGCCCCCGCAACUUCCUGGAGGAGAUCAACUACUGGGGUGUCCGAAUCAAGAACAGCCAACGCUGCUGUCGCAUCUCGUUUGAGGAGAGACAAGACGAACUGAACGAGCAGCUGAAAAUACAGAAGCAGUUGAUGGCCGAGGUGGAGAUGGUGGAGUUGGAGGAGGACGAGGCUUUGUAUCGCAACAUGGUCUUUGGCCACACCCGCUGGAAAAUCUGGAACAUGAUGGAGAAGCCCUUCUCCUCCAUUGCUGCCAAGCUGAUAGCGGUGGCGUCCUCCAUGUUUGUGCUGAUUUCGCUGGUUGCCAUGACGUUGAACACAGUGGAGGAGAUGCAGUACACGACACCAUCGGGGCAGCUCAGUGGAAAGUCCCACGGCGAAUGUGUGGAGACUUUCUGCAUCACCUUCUUCACCUUGGAGUACGCCCUCCGCCUGCUGUCCACCCCCGACAUCCGAUGUUUCGUACGUAGCGUCCUGAACUCUGUCGACCUGAUCGCCAUCCUGCCGCACUACCUGCAGAUGGCCCUGGAGUUUUUAGACGAGGAGGACGCACACCUGCAAUCUGGAGACAUUGAGACCAUGACGCGUGUUGGGAAGGUGGGUCAGGUUCUGAAGAUCAUGCGUCUGAUGCGAAUCUUCAGGAUCCUGAAGCUGGCUCGCCACUCCACAGGCCUUCGAGCGUUCGGCUUCACGCUGAGACAGUGCUACCAGCAGGUGGGCUGUUUGUUGCUCUUCAUCGGCAUGGGGAUCUUUGUGUUUUCAGCCAUGGUGUACACGGUGGAGCACGACGUUCCCAACACCAACUUCACCUCCAUGCCGCUCGCCUGGUGGUGGGCGUCUGUGAGCAUUUCCACGGUGGGAUACGGCGACAUGCUCCCAGAGACCAACCUGGGCCGCAUCUUCGCCUUCGCGUGCAUCUCCUUCGGCAUCAUCCUCAACGGCAUGCCCAUCUCCAUCCUCUACAACAAGUUCUCAGACUACUACGGCAAGCUCAAGUCGCACGAGUACGCCGCCGUCACCAAGGCCCGCGGCGACGUGCACUUCGCCCGCAGGGCGGCCAAGAAGUUCGCCGAGUGUUGCGAGGACGCCGCGCAGUCCAGAGCGUCCUGACCGCC